GUAUAAAACGCGUCUCCCGGGCCUGUUGUGUUCGUCCAUGUUCCCUCCCAUCUUUUUGGUAUUGUUCUGACUUGGAUUGUACAAACGAGCGACAUUAUGGGUGCCACCAAGAAGGAACCCCGACGGCGUGCGGAGUCCGAAGAGCGUUCUAGUGGGGAGGAUAUGUCGGACAAGGGCGAGCUCACCAAAGUCACAAAGAAGUCAAAGAAGAACAAGCAUAAGAAGAAGACGAAGGAAAAGAGGAAGAAGACUGGCUUCCUCGAUCUGCCCGGAGAGCUACGCAACAUGAUUUACGAGGAGGCCCUGGUGCAGCCCAAGACGAUCGAGAUCACUGCCGACGGGCCCGGCGAGCCCGCUCUUCUGCAAGUGAACAAGGAGAUCCGCGAGCAGGCCCGGGCAAUGUACUACAAGUCGAACAAGUUCAGCUUCUUCGUUCGCAAUGCGAAAGGCGCCGCAUUCACGCCCUUUGUCAAGCAAGCCAGCGAAUUCCUCGACUUGGAGACGAAGCCGUUUGGGUUCCGCAUGGCUGGCAAAGCCAGCUUCAAGAACCUGAUCAAGUGGGUGAAGGCACACCAGCACCAAGGCGGCAUCAUGCCCAUCUUCGAGGCUCCGGAAACGACGUACGAAGCGGUCAUGGCCGCGGCGCUGAAGAUGGUGCAGCCGCUGAGCCACCUGCCGUGGAAGGUGCAGAAGCAAGUCUUGCUCGCCUUCUACGAUGGGUUGAAGGGCACGGAUUCGGAGUGGGUGAAGGAGUAUGAUCGGGUCGGGCAGUGGGACGAAUUCCUCUACCUGUCCGGACAAUCGCCGUGAUGCUGAUUGCUCGGGAGACGGCGAGGGUGCAUGGUUUGCAUCGGGCGGGAUUCUUGGGAAUAAAACACUUGGUCAAAUGAGUCCUGGUCGAAACAUCUCAUCAAAUGCUCCAUCGAUCCUUCCCCACCAUAAUGAACAGCGCGUCGUCCAAUGGCAGCUCCGACCUCGGCUUCCCCACCACGCUGACCUCCAUCCCCGGCAAUCAACUUCCCCAUGCAAGUCAACGG